AUCAUGGUUUGUGUUGCUUUCAAAGCCACCAAGCCCGGGAGCUCAUGGAGAAAAUGGAUUGGAGUCAAACUGUCCAAUUCUGUAGUCUUGUUCUGCUCAUCCAUUCAAAUUAUAAUCUGCAUGACUUGGUUGGCCAUUUCUCCUCCCUUUCAGGAACUGGACCUUCACACUUACCCUGGAACCAUCAUCAUUCAGUGCAAUGAGGGCUCAGCUAUUGGCUUUUACUCAGUUAUUGGGUAUAUGGGGCUUCUGGCAGCUGUUAGUUUUGUUUUAGCAUUUUUAGCUCGGACAUUACCGGACAGUUUUAAUGAGGCCAAGUACAUCACUUUCAGCAUGCUGCUCUUCUGCAGUGUUUGGAUCACAAUGAUCCCGGCCUAUCUGAGCACCAAAGGCAAAAACACUGCGUGUGUGGAGAUAUUUGCCAUACUGACCUCAAGUGCUGGACUUUUAGGCUGUAUAUUUCUGCCCAAAUGUUACACAAUACUGUUUAAACCCGAUAUUAACUCAAAGUCAUAUUUAUUAGAACACAAAAAUAGACAUUAA